AUGUCAUUCUUUGGGUUUGAUACGACAUUGCCUUCGCAUAAUAAGGCACAGCAGAAUGCCCAUUCGUCAGUGACAAGUAAUGACAACAAUAAUGAGAUUUUAGAUUUUGAUGACACUUAUAAAGGUUAUGGUGAAUACGAAGAAGAAGAAGGCGAUUAUUUAAAUGCAGAGACGUUCGGUGGUGACGUUGAGAUCGGUACAGAUUUUGAUUUUGGUCAUAGCAAUCAAAGUGAACCAAUUGUUAAUACUAAUAGAAAAUCUUAUGUGCAAGCAGCUACUUCUGGCUUUGGUAAUGGUUCCAAUAAACAGACCUUACCCAAUACUGGCUCUAUUGCUACAGUUAAUUUAGACGUGUCCGUGGAUUUAAAACCAAUGGAAUCUUUAUGGGGCGGUAGUGAUGCUUCAUUUACUGGUGCUACUACUAAUGCUGCCACUAAUACUACUACUAAUGCUGCCACUAAUACUACUACUAAUGCUCCCCAUGUUUUGUCAAUGGAAGAAAUUGAAAGACAGCAACGCCAAUUCCAACAGUUCAAUAAUGGACAUCCUCCCCAUCAAGGGCCACCAUAUAUGCCCCCUCAGGGUUUCAUGCCUCCGCCUCAACUUCCACCUCAACAGCAAAAUCAAAAUGCGGGUCAAUUUAAUCAACCUGCUUUUGUACCACAACUGUAUCCAAACAUGUAUCACCCUAAUCAAUACUAUCAACAACCUUUGGCUCAAAACCCACAAUCGCAUCAACAGCAGCAACACCAUUUGAGUAUGCCUCCCCCAAUAAAUGUCAAUCCAAUCUCUCUAUCUUCACCCAAUGAACAACAACAGCAGUCUGUAGUUUCUGCUUCCAUUCCAACUAAUGUUACUUCUUCUUCAACUCCUACCAAUUCUGCUACUAUAUCCACAUCCACCGCAAUCCCUUUAUCUUCUCCAAUGUUGGAAACGGAUUUACAUAAAACACCACUAAGCCAUACUGCUUCCCCAAUGGUUUCUGAUCAUCCAGAGUUAAACAUGUCUGUGAAUGCUAUUCCUACACCACCAAUCCAUGCCCCUGUCAUGGUUUCUUCACAUUCACCUGCUCCUACCCAUCAGCAGCAACCACCACAACAACAACAACAGCAGCAGCAACAAUCACAAGGCAGAUCUUCUCAAAGAAGAGAACCACUGACCCCGGAAGAACAGAAAAGAUUGCAAAUUCGUCAUGCUAAAGUUGAAAAGAUCCUAAGACAUGCUGGCCUAAUGACUCCAAGAGACAAGGAUUUCAUCACUCGUUAUCAAUUGUCUCAAAUUGUCUCUGAUGAUCCAUACAAUGAAGAUUUUUAUUUUCAAGUCUACAAGAUUAUCCAACGUGGUGGCGUUGUUGGAGAAUCCAAUAAGGGUUUAAUUGCUAGAGCUUACUUAGAACAUUCUGGUCAUAGACUUGGUGGACGUUAUAAAAGAGCAGAUAUUGCAUUACAGAGAAUGCAAAGUCAAGUGGAAAAAGCCGUCACUGUCGCUAAAGAGAGACCACAAAAGAAAAAUGAUGAUAGUUUGAAUUCAGGUAACGGAUCUGGGCGUGACGGUGUUCUUGGUAAAGUGUCAACCUCCUUAAACAGUAAGGCUCCACGUAGACAAUUGACUCUUCCAUUAACUACCAGUAGAAGUGGGUCUAAUUUAGCAGACGAAGACAUUAACAGCCCAGGCCAAUUACGUAGGAAUAGUUCUAUUGGUGGUGCACUACAAGAAGUCACUGAAUCUUUAGAUAACGUGGAUUUGAAUGCAAAGACACGUGCUAGAAGAAGAUCAUCUUAUGCAUUGUCUUCCAUUGAUCAAAAUUUCGUAUUGACUCGCUCAGGUGGAAGAAAAUUUGUCUUAUCAUUAAUUGAAAGUGUUUAUAAAGAAGUUUUAGAAUUAGAAGCUAAUUUAAGAAGUGGUAAAGAGAUCAGUAAUAAAGAGUUGUGGUCAGCUUUACAUGUCGAUGAUGAGUUUUAUGAAGUUUCACCAUUUAUCUCCAUGUUAUCAUUUGAUAAAGGUGUUAAAAUUAUGCCAAGGAUUUUUAAUUUCUUAGAUAAAGAACAAAAAUUGAAGUUGUUACAGACUUUUUUCUCUGAACUAUCACACUUAAAUAUAAUCAUUAUUAGUUCUUAUAGAACAAAUCCAGAACCAAAUGAAUCCCAAUUAAAGAAAAUAGAUCUAUUCCAAACUGUCUUUUUAAAGAUCAUUGUUUCAUUUUUAUCUAACAGUUCUAAUUUUAUUGAAAUUAUGAGCUUGUUAUUACACUUAAUUAAAAACAAUAAUGUUGCAUUUAUAUCUACAUCAAAGAUCGGUUUGAAUUUAAUAACUGUCUUGAUUUCAAGGGCGGCUUUAAUUAGACAAGACUCUAAUAGGAGCAGUGUGUUGUCAACCCCAGAGAUUUCUACAUGGAAUGAAAUAUAUGAUAAGUUAUUUACUGCAUUAGAAAGUAAAAUUUCCAAUAUUUUCCCUCCUAAGGAAUACAUUGAUAAAAUUAAUCAGUUAUCAUCACAAUCUGCUAAUGAUAAUAACAAUACUAAUCAUACUAAUAUUAACAACAAAAAUAAUAAUAGCCAGAGUUCACCAAUGACACACUAUUAUGAUCAAGCAUACAUAUGGCAAUUUCUUGCAUCGUUGGCAUUAAGUGGUAAGUUAAAUCAUCAAAGAAUUAUUAUUGAUGAGGUUAGAGAUGAAAUCUUUGGUACAAUAAAUCAAGCAGAAUUAUUGAAGGAACAAUUACAACAAAAAUUGGCAAUGGAUGGAAACCAAAACACUGCUGUAUCCGACGAAAUUAUGUAUAGACGUGAGAAAUUGUACCAAGAUUUGAACUUAUUUUUGAAUGUUAUGGGGUUGGUUUCUCGUGAUGGUGAAAUUACUGAAUUAAAAUAG